AUGUUAGUAGAGACACUGAGAUUCUUGCAUUCCUUUUCAUUCUCUUGUUUUUUUUUUUCUUUCUAUUCCUGUUUUUCUUUCUUUUUUUCCUCUUCUGUUCAUUUCGUUCUGCUCCUCCAUCCAUUCUUUAUUCUCCUCUUUCCUUUUCGUUCUCCUCUCUUCCUUCUUUUUCCACUUAAUCGUCUACUCUUUCCUUUUCGUUCUCAUCUGUUCCUUCAUCUUACUCUCUUUCGUCUUCUUUUUUCUUUUCCUUCUCUUCUCUUCCUCCUCCUUCCCCUCUUUCGUCUUCUCUUUUCUUCUUUUCUUUCCUUCUUUCUUCUUUUCUUUCCUCCUUUCUUCUUCUUUUCUCUUUCUUUUCUUUUCCUUUUCGUUCUCUUCAUUCCAUUUCUCUUUUCUUCUCUUUUCCUUUCCUUUCUUCGUCCUCCUUUCUCGCUUUCGUCUUCUCUUUCCUUUUCGUUCUCUUCUCUUCUCUUCCUCCUCCUUCCUCUUCUCUUUUCGUUUCCUUCUCUUCUCUUCCUCCUCCUUUCUCUCUUUCGUCAGCUCUUUCCUUUUCGUUCUCUUCCAUCCCUCCAUCUUACUCUCUUUCGUCUUCUCUUUUCUUUUCCUUCUCUUCUCUUCCUCCUCCUUUCUCUCUUUCGUCUGCUCUUUCCUUUUCGUUCUCUUCCAUCCCUCCAUCUUACUCUCUUUCGUCUUCUCUUUUCUUUUCCUUCUCUUCUCUUCCUCCUCCUUUCUCUCUUUCGUCUGCUCUUUCCUUUGCGUUCUCUUGUAUUCCUCCUCCUUUCUCUCUUUCGUCUGCUCUUUUUUUUUCGUUCUCUUCUCUUCCUCCGCCUUUCUCUCUUUCGUCUUCUCUUUUCUUUUCCUUCUCUUCUCUUCCUCCUCCUUUCUCUCUUUCGUCUGCUCUUUUUUUUUUUCGUUCUCUUCUCUUCCUCCGCCUUUCUCUCUUUCGUCUUCUCUUUUCUUUUCCUUCUCUUCUCUUCCUCCGCCUUUCUCUCUUUCGUCUGCCCUUUUCUUUUCGUUCUCUUCUCAUCCUCCUCCUUUCAUUCUUUCGUCUGCUUUUACCCUUUUCUCCUCUUCUCUUUCUUCCACUUUCCUCUCGUUCGUCAGUUCUUUCCUUUCCAUUUUCUUCUCUUCUUCCUUUUCUCCUCUUUCGUCUACUCUUACCUUUUUUGUUCUCUUCUCAUUUGCCUCAUUCCUUCUAUUUCGUCUGCUCUUUCUUUUGCGCUAUCUUCUCUUCCUUCUUCUUCCUUUCUUUCGACAGCUUUUUCCUUUUCGUUCUCUUCUCUUUCUCCUUCUUCCAUUCUUUCGUCUUCGCUGUCCCUUUCGUUCUCUUCUCUUUCGUCUGCUCUUUCAUUUUCGUUCUCUUCUAUUCCUUCUACUUCUUUCUAA